UGAAGAAUGAAUGAAGAACAAAGGCAGCAGUAGAACACACGCCAAUGUGAAAUGUUCGGGACAGAUCCUCUAUCAGUCAAACUGUUGGUGUAGCACCUGUCAUAGGUCGAUGCAGCUCAAAGUGCGUCACAAAAGCAGGUCCAUGGUUCUUAAUCAAAGACCUGGCUCAUUAAAUGUACGUCCAAACAGUUCGAUGAGCUGUCGCAUCAUCAGGCAGACUGCUCCAGCUGCAGCGGACUCAGAGGACCUGAGGGGCCGCACCGGUUCACUGUGUGUGAGACACAUCUUCCGGUGAACCAUGGACCAUAAAGUGCUUUGUAAUGUUGAAUACAUAUAAAGUCCAAUGGAAUGGAAGUGAUACCCAUGGUUGCGCUAGCAAUGAACCCCGGAAGUAGUAGUAUCCAUGGUAACAGUAUAUGGCAGCGCUACAGCCGGAGAAGAGUCCGCUGUAUUCAGAUAACGCUGGAGCUCAUCCUCCGUCCAAUGGCCCGAAAAGCACUGAAAGUGUUGGUUGAGUUGAAGUUCCGAGCGGUUUCUUGUCCUGGAGUCCAUCUGCCAGCCAAGGAUGAUAUCUACCUCAGCAUGUGCUUCAUGGGUCAGUACUGUCAGUCGGAAUGUCUCCCUGCUGUCUUUCCUCUGCUGUUUCAUGAGAGGAUGACCUUUGAAAAGAUUUUCCGGCAUGCAGUUGACCCUGGAGACAUCGCUGUAAUGCUUGAAUAUGAGACGGUCUCUGUUGAACUGCUGCAGCUGAUUCCUCCAGCGGCGGACACUCUGGCCUGCUUUGAAGAAGAUGCUCGACGUUUCUUAUUCCCAGAGCCCAAACUGGUUCCCUCGUCCUCUGGAGUGGAUCGAGAGGUUCUGAUGACCCGAGCUCCUCACUUUCCAGGUAUUGCUCCAAGGUUGGAGUUUUCCACCAAAACGACCAUCAUUGAGUGCUCAGCUGAUGCAGAGAUCAACAUUUACCCCAAUGUACCCAUGAGGCCGGUGAUAAAGAGGAGCAGGAAACAUUCCCUGUCCCCUCUGAGAGCUGGAGACACACAGCGUCUGGCCCGGCUCAGCCUGGACUCUGCAGCUCCCGGCCCAGCCAACUGGGACACACGCAGCUCCUCCCAACCUCAGCUGGACCUGCAGGCCUGCUCACUGCGUCAUCACUCUCCUGUGGCCGAUCCUUCUGCCUCGCCCCAGCGCUCUACAUUCUUCACCAGCUCCUCUUCACCUUUGACCAGGUCUUCAUCCAAAGUGAGGUAUUCUCCAGCUGGCAGACGGAAAUCCUCCUCCAAUGGUUUGGUUGGAGGGAUAUCAGAAGAUGACUCCAGUUCUUCAGAGAUACAUGAACCCCUUGCCCACCACCAAGGUCCUGACCCUUCAGGGCUGUGGUGCUCUUACAGGGAACAGGCCAGGCACAGCAGGUCUCAAUCCAGCUCUGAUCACAGAGAAUGGGAAGAGGUACAAGCGCGUGUUCGGGGACUCCUUACGACACCAAAAGCUGUACGGAGACUUGCCUGUGGGGCCACACACUCCGAGGUAGAUGAGGUUUUGGCCAGGAGGUCCAUCUCUCCAGGUCCACCGUAAUGACCUGGCCAGACUCUGGAAAGGGAAAGUCACCUUGUCAAUUAAGUGUCCAGAUGUCAAGACUCUCCUGAUGUGUGUGUAUGUGUAUAUGUGUAUGUGGUUUUGACAUUUACAUGUCCACACAUGAAUGUGUUUUUGUGUUUAAGGUAAAAAUAA